UCGGCGGAGAGGCGGGGGAUUGCGAACAGACGGACUGACUGGAGCUCUGCAGACUCUGCCGGAGCCGCCGACACUGAGAUAGGUGGGAAAAGUUCCGUCUCAACUACCUUGCCGCUCGACUCAGAGUGAACUCGGGCACGGUCCGGGGGUUUUUGAAGCCAAGCAGUUCCCCAGUCAGACAUGAGGAUCCCUCCAGGCCUGGGUCGCUGAGCAGCUGAGGUCAGAGUUCAAGCGGUCACACUAGCAGUCAUGGCCGACAGAGAGGGGCUGCCCAUUGCCCCGGGCCAGGUCUACAUCGAGGUGGAGUAUGACUACGAGUACAAGGCCAAGGACAAGAUGGUGACCAUCCGCCAGGGAGAGUGCUACAUGCUGGUGAGGAAGACCAACGAGGACUGGUGGCAGGUGAGGAAGGAGGAGGGCACUAAGGCUUUUUAUGUGCCAGCUCAGUAUGUCAGAGAGGUGCGCCGGGCGCUCAUGCCCCCCCAGAAGCCCACCCCAAGAGCCAAGCCCACUGUUCUGGAUAUCUGCCGGGCCUCCAAUGAGAACCUUAACAGGCCCCAGCAGGAAAUGUCCAGCUUUGGGCGCCCGUCGCCUUCUUCCACCCCGUCACCGUCCUCUGACCGCGUCACACCGCCCGCUCUGUCCAAGGAUGCUAACCAGAAUGUGGGGAGUCCCCAUCACUGCAAGGUGGUGGCUGAGCUGGUGCUCCUUCACAACAACAACAACCAUCACCACGCCAAUAAUUCCACGUUGCCUCGGACACGGGCAGACUCACCCCCUGCCAAAGUGGGGAACGGCCACAACAAAAGCCCGGACAGUGACAAGACGCCGCCAUCGAGCGACUCGCCAGUGGAGGGGUCAAACAAGCUCCGCAACGACUCGGAGUCCGGGGAUGACUUGAGCAGCAGCUCAACAGAGCAUAUGCAGACUACAUCACCCACAGGUCAGGGCCGGUCCGACUCGCCGGUCUACACCAACCUGCAGGAGCUGAAGAUCUCUCAGUCCAGCCUGCCGCCCGUCCCAUCCACCUCUCCCCUCCACAUCCUGGGCGACUGGGAGACCCACAAAGACCUGAGCGGCAGGCAUUUCUACUACAACCGGGCCACCGGAGAGCGAACCUGGAAGCCGCCCCGCACCCGCGACACCAGCGGCAGCACCAGCAGCAGCCGGGGAGACACCCAGGGCCUUGGAGAGACUGAGCCCCUGUCCUCAGAGGAGAACUGCCACAGUACUCACUCCAGUCAGUCGGACAGUCAGUAUGGUUCGCCCCCUAGAGGCUGGUCUGAGGAGCUGGAUGAACAUGGACACACCCUCUAUGUCUCUGAAUACACACAAGAGAAGUGGAUAAAGCAUGUGGACGAGCAGGGACGGCCCUACUAUUACAGCGUUGAUGGAUCCCGGUCAGAAUGGGAAUUGCCCAAGUACAACAUCUCCCCUCAGUCCGGCGAGGUCCCUAAGAGUCGCAGUCUGGAGAGGAAGCAGCAGGAUCCCAUCGUCCUCACCAAGUGGAGACACAGCACCUACGUCUUAGACCUCAACGACAAGGAGUGUGCUCCGGCGCCCAAGCAGAGCUCUCCAGACUCUGACUCCUGCCCCUCAUCUCCAAAGCACCCCUCGACCCCCUCCGAGAAGUGUGGAGUCCUCAAUGUCACCAAAAUCACAGAGAAUGGGAAGAAAGUCAGGAAGAACUGGACCUCCUCGUGGACGGUGCUGCAGGGAUCCUCUCUGCUCUUUGCAAAGGGUCAGGGGGGAAGCACCAGCUGGAAGUUUGGCAGUAACCAAUCGAAGCCUGAGUUUACUGUGGAUCUGCGAGGCGGCUCGGUGGAGUGGGCCUCCAAGGAGAAGUCCAGCAAGAAACAUGUUAUUGAGCUGAAGACCCGUCAGGGCACAGAGCUCUUGAUCCAGUCAGAGAUAGACAGCGUCAUCAACGACUGGUACCGGGCCCUGACAGAAACCAUCAGCACGCAUGCCUGGGAGUCAGACGAGGCCAUCGAGGAAGACAUGCCUGAGUCCCCCGGGACUGAGAAACAGGACAAGGAGAAGGACCACCGAGACUCAAAGAAGAACAGAGUGAUGAAGACCUCUGUGAGCAUGGACGCUUCAGACCAGAAAAAGACCCGAGUGAAGCUGAAGAAGUUCCUGACGCGUCGACCCACCUACCAGGCUGUCCGGGACAAGGGCUACAUCAAAGAUCAGGUGUUUGGCUGCAGUCUGACCAGCCUGUGCCAGCGGGAGAACACAUCAGUGCCGAACUUCGUCAAGAUGUGUAUUGACUAUGUAGAGAACACAGGUCUCAAUAUUGACGGCUUGUACAGAGUGAGUGGGAACCUGGCGGUGAUACAGAAGCUUCGCUUUGCUGUGAAUCACGAUGAGAAGGUGGAUCUGAAUGACAGUAAGUGGGAGGACAUCCAUGUAACCACCGGGGCUCUCAAGAUGUUCUUCAGGGAGCUUCCCGAGCCCCUGUUCACAUACGGAUCCUUCAAUGACUUCGUCAACGCCAUUAAAUGCUCCGACUACAAGCAGCGAGUGAAUUCAAUAAAAGACUUAAUCAAGCAGUUGCCAAAACCCAACCACGACACAAUGCAAGUUCUUUUCAAACAUCUCCGCAGGGUGAUUGACCACGGAGAGGCCAACCGCAUGACCACCCAGAGCGUGGCCAUCGUGUUCGGACCCACCCUGCUCCGGCCCGAGACCGAGACCGGCAACAUUGCGGUCCACAUGGUGUACCAGAACCAGAUCGUGGAGCUCAUAUUGCUAGAGUAUGAAGGCAUCUUUGGCAGGUAGAGGCGCACACGGAGAAGAGGACGGCCGGCUUCCUUUCUUUCUUUCUUUUUUUUCUUUUUUUUUUUCUCCUCCAAACAUGGACUUCUUUUUCUUUCCCCUCUCACUUUGACUGAACUGAAACAUUGCUGUGGACCAAGCAGUGUCAUUUACGUUCAACGAUAACAGGAUAAAGAUGAAGAAAGCUACGACGCGUGACAAGACUUUGCACUUAAAGAAAUUUUGGAGAUGAAUAAUAAAAAAAAAAAAAAAAAAAAUGUAAAGACUUCACUCACUUUUUCAGUUGCCAUUCCCGCUGCAAGUAGCGGGCUGGACAUUCGACUUUUCAGGAGCUUUAGGCGGUUGCAUUUGCGGACUGGGUGAUGACGGACAGUAUUGCCGUGACUGCGGAGUUCAGAGUGGUGCAGUGACAGUGUGUGGAUGUCUGUGUGAGUGUGUGUGAGUGUGUGUGUGUGUGUGUGCGCGCGGGUGUGUGAUUUUGGUGGAUUUGAGUAUUCAGGUGUUUUUACAUACACUGGAUCCCUCUGGCCAGUAAUACAAGCUUCGACGUGGAGCCCGACGCGUCCUUGAGGAGACGGGCAGGACUCUCAUUGGAUGGCGGCGGCCCCCCCGUGUCCAACUGGAUUCCCGUCACCUCGCCGAAGGAAUAAGCUGAAUCUGAACUGGAUCGCUAUCUGUGUCGUGAAGCUUUGUCUGUGACGUGUAAGCCGUAUGUGCUAUGGAUUGGGUGAGAACAAAAAAAAAAAAGUUUUUCAUCCUGUGAAUAAAGGAAGAGGCACUUGGAUGACCUGGAGCAUAAUUAUGGUUGUGCCCCCCCCCCCAAUUUGUCACAAUCAGGCUUCAACCCUCGCAGCACCAUAGAUCAGUGUUACCCCGCCCCCCCCACCUCCUAACAGUGUUAACCUUUAACCCUGUGACAUGAUCAGCGUGUUCAUCCCAUGACUUGAAUGAGGGAAGACAGACCCGUAUGUGUUUGUAUGGCUGAAUUAACUGGAAUAAAACCUGAGCUGAAGGGUCCCUGUCUUUGCCACUAUGUACAAAUGUGUGUUGUGUAGUUUAACGUGCUUUGGUAAGUUUCUGUGUAGUGACGGGCCAUUGCCAGUGGUCUUGUAUGAAGUAAAGUGUUGGUGUCUCGGUGACAGGCAAUGGCGCUGAGGUCCCCGGGUGUUACUGGAGAACAGCAAAAACGGAGAAACGUGGAUUUUGUGGGAACUGCAGUCGUAACGUUACCCUCUCACUUCGGUCGUUUCUGAUUUAACGCCCCUUCUCCUCGCCUCAGCUAACAUUAAAUAGUGUUCAGAGAGGGGAAACGGUACUGAAAGUACUUUAUCAUUUCAAAGGUUGUUGUAUGGGACUGUAUGGAAGUGCAAAAAAGAGCCUUUAAAAGAAAACUUUCAGAGCAUAUGUACAGCGAAAGAAAAUAAUUGUUCAAAUUUGCUAUAGUGUUUGAGGUAUGUAUGCUUUGAUGGUGAACCAGUGGAAGAUUUUGAUUUUGUAAAUCUAAAUUAAAACAUAACUAUACACAGAUUGUGGAAUAAUAAUAAUAAAAAAAAAGACAUGAGCUACUGUUUCUUUUUCUCAAGGUGUAUCUGGGGGUAUUUUUUCCGCAUGGUCAGCUGCACAUUUUGAAUGUAAUUUUCAGGCUAACUGCUGUUUGUGACAUUGCUAUGUCUAAUAAAAAAAGACAAACUAAA